CACACAGUAACAUUCAUAAUGACAGUGGCAGGAAUUUAUUUGAAAAUAUUUUCAUUGACGGAUAUUUGCAAAGCUCCAAUAGAAACGAUAAUAGCAUUAUUUACAAUUAAAUAUUGUGACUCGACUGUGAAUAUUAAGCUCAUUGAGUGCGAACAAAAAUUGGGAGAAUGUGGUUAUACAGUGGAUCUCUCCAGUUUUGUUUAUAAAAUAUUAAGCAAAGAAAAAGUCCCAGAUUGUGCUAAUUCUUGUGAACUACCAAAUAUCCUUGUGAACGAGAGGAGCUGUAUCGCAGGACUUUGUGCAUGUUUACGGCAAAUUGUAAAAAGUGCAAUUGAUGUUGUACCAUCGCACCAUUGUCAAACAUUGUUAGGAUUCAAAAAUUCUUGCCUCUUGGCUUGCUCCGAAGUAAGUGUUUGGACUAGAUUUUGUGAAGUUGAUUUAAUUUCAACUUUGCGAUCAUUCGGUAAUGAAAUGCUGGAUCAGUCAGAAUUGCCCAUUAGCAUGGCAAAGUUCGAAAUUCACAUGUCACAGCCAGCUCGAUUGCAUAACUUAUAUAAAUAUACAAUGUCUAAAAAAUAUGCUAUUAGCGGUAAUAUUAAUCGAGAUAACAAAUUCCUGCCGGAACAUACAUUUGCAGAGGGAUCUUGUAUAACCUUGGCCGAUAUAAUUAUAUUUGUAUGUAUACAUAUUUUAUUUAAUCUAAUACCACUUACCAGUGAUAAAAUAUUAGAACUACUACCUUUAACAAUGACGUGGUAUAAGAAGAUGAUUGAGAAUGAUGCUAUUAUUAAAUGUUUGACUUGUUUACCAUUGCAAGAGAUUGAUUGUGACAAUGUAAUCAAUUAUGUAUUACCAGCUGUUGAUAAUCAAAGUUUGUAUAAAAGCGAUUCAAAGAGAUAUCGGCCUAGAAGUCGUAUUUAUACAAGACAGGAGGAUAUAGAACAUUCGCUAGAACUAGUGGAAAACUUGAACGUUAAUACAAAAUUAAAUGAUUUACCUUUCGGAGCUGAAAUAUGUAUCGAUUGGAGCAGUAUUCCAUUCGAUGCCACUCCGGAAGGAGGCUCAUUGCCGGUUGCUCGUCAAAAGAGAAAAUUGGACCAACUGGAAAAUCUCUGCAGACCUGUUAUAAAAUUGGCGAAGAAGGGAGAUGUUAUCGUUGACUUUUGUUCAGGAAGUGGCCAUCUGGGUAUUACGCUAGCUUACUUGCUACCGGAGUGCAGUGUAAUAUUACUGGAAAAUAAAGAAGAGUCUUUAAACCGAGCCAAAGAGAGGGUGAAGAAAUUAAAGUUAACAAAUGUAAAAUUUUGUCAGUGUAAUUUAUUUUAUUUUAAGGGUCACUUCGAUAUUGGGACAUCGUUGCAUGCCUGCGGCGUGGCUACCGAUCUUGUGAUCCAGCACUGCAUUCGUAAGAAUGCUACUUUUGUCUGUUGUCCGUGUUGCUAUGGAUCGGUACAAAGUUGCCAACGUGUCGUAUAUCCAAGAAGCAAUGUAUUUCAGAAAGACAUUGCUAUCAGAGAUUACUUGGUGCUUGGUCAUGCUGCCGAUCAAACUCAUGACGCGGGUAACUCUAAAACGUUGCAAGGCAAAAAAUGCAUGACCAUUAUAGACACUGAUAGGAAGUUACAUGCGGAACAAUUCGGUUACAAUGUUCAGUUAGCCAAACUCGUGCCAGAGGAUUGUACUCCUAAAAAUCAUUUGUUAGUUGGCAUCCCAGAAAAUGGAGUCUGUAAAUGCUAAUUAAAUCUCGCUUUGUUACCUCUAGAUAUUCGUUUACCCCGUUGUUAAGUAGUGUUAAACCUUUAUUCAAACUAAAUCGCGAUAUGAAACGUCACAAGUAACUGUAAAUUACGCAAAUAAGUACAAGCAUAUGGAUAAUUUGUAAUUAAUGAAUUUUGCAAACUUUUAGUAACUACUUAAAAUAAGAAUACCAUGUAGCUACUUAGUAAUCAUCGUUCACAUUGCAUUCUUAGAUAAUAUAAUUUAUAAUGAGCUUGAGCCACGUGUUUUGGAUCAUCAUUUUUAACUGAACAAUACUUAUUUGUUUUCCGUCCACCCUAAAUUAAAGAAUAAUGCCGAACACGUGGCACGUAUACGAGGCUGCUCUAGCAAACUGGUAAAGCGUGAAAUUGUGAACAAAGAAAAAAAGAUUAUUGAGAAAGUAUACAGCGUCACAUAAUGUUGUUUAAAAACUUGUAUUAAAGAGCGUUUAUUGGUA